AUGGAUUAUGUUGCCAAGCACUGGGAGAAAGAUGCAGAGAUGCGUCAGAGGUUGCUGCGCACAGUGAAGAAGGAGUUUUCUACAGUGCAGAAGCAGGUGAAACAGAUCAUGGAGGAAGCAGUCACCAGGAAGUUCGUACAUGAGGACAGCAGCCACAUUAUCUCCUUCUGUGCUGCAGUGGAAGCCUGCGUGUUGCACGGACUCAGGCGCAGGGCAGCAGGAUUCCUGCGGAGCAACAAGAUCGCUGCCCUCUUCAUGAAGGUGGCGAAGACGUUCCCGCUGGCCGAGCAGCUGUGCAGGAAGGUGCAGGAGCUGGAGCAGCUGAUUGAGAGCAGGAAGGCCCAAGGUGCAGUCCCUCAGGAGAACACACGGAAAUCCCAGAAAGUGCCAAGCCUGUCUGCACAGGCCCUCAAGCACCUGUGGAUCCGCACUGCUCUGUUUGAGAAGGUCCUGGACAAGAUCGUGCAGCACCUGGUGGAGAACAGCAGUAAAUACUACGAGAAGGAGGCUCUACUGAUGGACCCUGUGGAUGGGCCGAUAUUAGGAUCUCUGUUGGUUGGGCCUUGUGCCCUCGAGUACACCAAGAUGAAGACAGCUGAUCAUUUCUGGACAGACCCUUCAGCUGAUGAAUUGGUCCAGAGGCAUCGCAUCCACAGUGUGCACUGUCGCCAGGAUUCACCAACCAAACGUCCGGCCUUGUGUAUUCAGAAGAGGCAUUCGAGUGGCAGCAUGGAUGACAGGCUCUCACUCUCUGCCCGUGACUAUGUUGAGUCUCUGCACCAGAAUUCCCGAGCGACGUUGCUGUAUGGCAAAAACAAUGUCCUGGUUCAGCCGAAAGAUGAUAUGGAGCCCAUCCCAGGAUACCUUUCGCUCCAUCAGACAGCAGAGACGAUGACGUUAAAGUGGACGCCCAACCAGCUGAUGAAUGGCUCCGUGGGAGACCUGGAUUAUGAGAAAAGUGUGUACUGGGACUAUGCCAUGAACAUCCGCCUGGAGGAGAUUGUUUACCUUCACUGUCACCAGCAGAUUGACAGUGGUGGUACAGUGGUCCUGGUGAGUCAAGAUGGCAUUCAGAGACCUCCGCUCCGCUUUCCCAAGGGAGGACAUCUUCUGGCAUUCCUCUCCUGUCUUGAGAAUGGCCUCUUGCCUCGCGGGCAGCUGGAUCCUCCUUUGUGGUCACAGAGAGGGAAGGGCAAGGUCUUCCCAAAGCUGCGGAAAAGAAGCCCCCCAGGAUCUGCUGAGUCCAACUCUGACAAGGAGGAGGAGGAGGCGACAGACUACGUUUUCAGAAUAAUCUUCCCAGGCACCAACCCCGAGAUCAUCCCGCAAGACUUGAUGGAUGUUCAGGGGGGCGGCAUCCCCCUCAUGUGGCAGCCAAAUGUCCGGAAGUCCUCCUGCUCCUCAUGCUCCCAGAGUGGCUCAUCCGACGGAGGGCCAUCCAAUGGCUGCAAUCAUGAGAGGGCACCACUGAAGAUGCUUUGCGACAAUAUGAAGUACCAGAUCCUGUCCAGAGCAUUCUAUGGAUGGCUGGCCUACUGCAGACACCUCUCCACUGUGAGGACACACCUGUCCGCGCUGGUCAACCACACCAUCAUCAGUCCAGUGGCGCCCUCCAACGCAGGCUGUGGCCUCACCAGAGAGAUUUGGCACAGCUUCCUCCGGGACGGAAGGAGCUACGAGGAACAGGAGCUGCUGCGACUCAUUUACUAUGGAGGAAUUGAGGCGGAGAUUCGGAAGGAAGUGUGGCCAUUCCUCCUGGGACACUACCAGUUUGGGAUGAGCGAGGCAGAGAGGAAAGAGGUGGACGAUCAGAUCCGGAACGGCUACGAGCAGACCAUGGGGGAGUGGAUGGCUUGUGAAGCCGUGGUCCGCCAGCGGGAGAGGGAGUCGCACGCAGCAGCCUUGGCCAAGUGCUCAUCUGCAGUCAGCCUGGACGCACAGAUCCAGCGGAUGAUGCAUCGGGAUUCCACAGUCAGCACUGAGUCUUCGCAGAGUUGUAGCUCAGACAGGCAGGACCACGCCCGGCUGCAGAGUGACUCCAGCUCAAGCACACAGGUCUUUGAAUCGGUGGAAGAUACGGAGACGGAGCAAAUUGAGAAGGAAGCUGGGAUCAGCGGCGAUAAACAGGUAGCAGCCAUUCCAAAUGGCACUGUGCUGAAUGGCCCCUGCUACCCGGACUCUGGGCACCCAUCCUUGUGCAGCCAUCCCUCAACAGCUGGCUACUCGGAACACAGCUUCAGCACCGAGGAGGCAAAGCAGCUUAGCCACAGCUCCUCCGCACUGAGGCACGAGGGGAAGCUGAGAGAGUCCAAUUCAGAGGAAGAACCUCUUCCCCAAGGACUGCCCACCCAAAACCGGCUCCAAGGCGGGCUCCGUCUGCAGGAUGAACUAGAAGCAGAUAUUGUAGUGGAUGGAUCUGAAGUGGUUCCUCAGGAAGGUGAAUUACAAAAUGCGAUUCGCGCGUCAGGUGGAUCAGAAAUAGUUCCUAAGGCAAAUGGAUCUGAAGGUAUGCAUGGCAUGUCAAAUGGACUGGGAGUAGUUCCUAAAGCAAAUGGACCAGAAGUAUUUCCUAAAGUGGAUGGACCAAAAGGUGUGCAUUGUGAAUCUGAUGGAUUGGAAAUUAUUCCUACGGCGGAGGGAUCUGAAGUAGUUCCUAUGGUGGAUGGAACCGAAGUAGUUCCUACGGCAGAUGGAUCUGAAGUAGUUCCUACGGCGGAUGGAUCUGAAGUAGUUCCUACGGCGGAUGGAACCGAAGUAGUUCCUACGGCGGAUGGAACCGAAGUAGUUCCUACGGCGGAUGGAUCUGAAGUAGUUCCUACGGCGGAUGGAUCUGAAGUAGUUCCUACGGCGAAUGGAACCGAAGUAGUUCCUAUGGAGGAUGGAACCGAAGUAGUUCCUAUGGAGGAUGGAUCUGAAGUAGUUCCUACGGCGGAUGGAUCUGAAGUAGUUAGUAUGGAGGAUGGAACCGAAGUAGUUCCUAUGGAGGAUGGAUCUGAAGUAGUUAGUAUGGAGGAUGGAACUGAAGUAGUUCCUACGGCGGAUGGAUCUUUAGUAGUUAGUAUGGAGGAUGGAACGGAAGUAGUUCCUACGGCGGAUGGAUCUUUAGUAGUUAGUAUGGAGGAUGGAACCGAAGUAGUUCCUACGGCGGAUGGAUCUUUAGUAGUUAGUAUGGAGGAUGGAACCGAAGUAGUUCCUAUGGCGGAUGGAUUUUUAGUAGUUAGUAUGGAGGAUGGAACCGAAGUAGUUCCUACGGCGGAUGGAUCUAAAGUAGUUCCUACGGCGGAUGGGUCUAAAGUAGUUCCUACGGCGGAUGGAUCUGAAGUAGUUCCUACGGCAGAUGGAUCUGAAGUAGUUCCUAAGGCUGACCAAUUAAAAAGUUUGCUCCCUGUGGCAGAUCGAUUGGAAGUACCUCCUACAGUAGAUGAAUCCAAAGAUGUUCUCUGUGUGUCCGAUGGAUCAGAAAUUGUACCUAUGUCAGAGUCUGUGAGGCAGGAAGCUCCUGGCAGUGAGGGGUUGGGUUUGGAAGAUAACCUCCCUACAUCCAGAGCUGAAGGGAUGGUGACGGAGGAAGGGCUGCCCAUUGGAGAGGGAACAGAAGGACUCACCCAGGUGCAGAGCAUGGCUGAGAGCAUCGUCCCCGUAGCUUCACCAGUCUCAUCUACUGGAGUGACAUAUGCGCAAGAACUUCUGGACAUGUACACGGUCAACCUGCACCGGAUAGAGAAAGACGUCCAGCGGUGUGACCGCAACUACUGGUACUUCACACCCAGCAACCUGGAGAAGCUACGCAAUGUCAUGUGCAGUUACAUCUGGCAGCAUUUGGAAAUUGGUUAUGUCCAAGGGAUGUGUGACCUCCUGGCCCCUCUGCUGGUCGUACUGGAUAAUGAGGUCAUGGCAUUCAGCUGUUUCACCCAGCUGAUGAAGAGAAUGAAUCAGAAUUUUCCACAUGGUGGCGCCAUGGACACUCACUUUGCCAACAUGCGUUCUCUCAUUCAGAUCCUAGAUUCAGAGCUCUUUGAGUUGAUGCAUCAGAAUGGGGACUACACCCACUUCUACUUCUGUUACCGAUGGUUCCUGCUGGACUUCAAACGAGAGUUGGUCUAUGAUGACGUGUUUUCGGUCUGGGAGACCAUUUGGGCUGCAAAGUUCACCUCGUCUACACACUUUGUCCUCUUCAUUGCGCUGUCCAUGGUGGAGCUUUACCGAGACAUCAUUCUGGAGAAUAAUAUGGACUUCACAGACAUCAUCAAAUUCUUCAACGAAAUGGCUGAGCACCACGACGUAAAGCAAGUUCUGAAGUUGGCACGUGAUCUGGUUUACAAAGUGCAGAAGCUGAUCGAGAAUAAGUGAGGCGAAGGAGGGUGAAGAGCAGCGAGACAACAGCAUCCGGGCAGCACCUCGGUGGUGGGUGAAGCCGUCUAAACCUUGUCAUUUGUGGUGUUGCAUUUGUGCUGAGACCUCUGGUUUAGCCACUGUGCGCUUGGGGAGCGACAUUGAAGAUUCUGCUCCCUCGUCUCUGUGAGGUCGUGGCUUCAAAACCUUUGUACCUCUCUGUUUAAGUUGCUGAGUCUGCCGUUCCUGCCACUCCAGGGCCCCGUUCCUGUGUGUGAUCUUCCCUGUGUUUUUUACUCAAUGCUCAGGGGCGGGUGGGAGUUGGAGCACCCUGUCUAAGGCCUGUAAGGAGAUGAUGUUUUAAACCCAAUGUUUAUGGUGUUUGAUCAGGGGUGACCAUCAAAGCAGUUAGUGCAAAAGGGCUCAACAGGACAGGGAGAUAGACAGUUUGUCAGAGGCCAAGUAAACCAUGUUUGAUGCACAACAACGAUGGAAUGAACUUGAUGCACUAUAUUCGCCUUCCUUGCUCUUAAUAAGUUGCCAUUCACUCUCUGAUGCCCUCUCAUUGUGUGUUUAGGGAUCAUUUCAGUCCAGUGCCAAGAUUCCUACACAGUAGCCAGCGAUAGGUUCAUUGACUGCCAUUCUGUUGCCAACUUGGGCCGUGUAUUGUGAUCAGCUGCAGAAUUCACUGACUACCACUAGGGGACUGCAAAUGCCACAUCCAUGGACCUAUGGUGAUUGUUAUUGAGACCGAAAUUGCAGCUGCCAAACCUGUUCCUCACUCCUGUGCUUACAAUUUUCUCCUGGUUUUAAUUGAAAAGCUUCCUGGUUCUUUCAGGACUUUCGCCAGGUCCAAAGCACAAUCCUGCUCUUUCAUAUUCUCCCUUCAUUUGAACAGUUUGGGUUGGAAUUGCAGUGUUUCAUUUAGCAGGUAUCUUGUUUCUGAAUCUGGAGAUUGUGACUUUAAGUUCAAAGCCAUCUUUUGAAUCCAAUCUUUAGCCAGGUCAGGAAAACAAAAUUACUUGGUUGCUCGUCAAAAGGAUUGUAAUGAUAGCAGGAUUUAGCCACAACAUAACCAAGUCUUGAACUCAGUUCCUCGAGCUGACUCUGCCAUUUAGCGAGAACAUCACUGAUCGUGAGUACCUUUACUGACUGAUCGUCCACAGACCUCCAAUGCAGACGAUUCUAAAGGUCAGAACUCUUUUCAUGAAGAAAUUUCACCUCAUCUCAGACUUAAAUAGCCAUCCACCUCUUCUGAACUGUCCCGAGGAAGUGGCCUCUUGAUAAUUAUUAGUGUGGUAUCUCUAAGUAUAUAGUGCAUUUCAAUAAACUCAUCUCCCAUUCUUCUAAACGACAGGGAACUUGGGCUCAGCCAGAUUGCAGGUAACAUUGUUGGCACGGACUAGUUGGGCCAGUGUGCCUGGUUUUGCACUGUUUACCUUGGUCUCUAUACUCAACCUCUCUAGGAAGUUCACCCUUGCAUUCCAGGAAUCACGGUGAGGACUUCCUCCCAGAGAGUUA